CCCAAAGACUUCGAUGCGCCUCGCGAUUUCGUCGGAUUGAUUGCGAUUGCGAAGUUUGAUAAAUGAAAAAAAAAUAUGGCGAUUAAUUUCCUUGUGCGAGUCUCUGCCUUGCUGCUGCUCCGCCUCGUGCCGUCUCGCUUCCCUAUUUCCUAUUGCCGGCCAAGCAGGAUUUGGCGCUAGGGUUUCCUCGCUUCCCUGACGAGAUUGCUCCGCUUCUCUACUUUCCCGAAUCUGUGAGCAAAUCUUCUAAGAAAUUCUAAGUGGAAGUUGGAUCAUUUUAAUAAAUGGUGAUGGUGAUGCCUGCAUUAGUUUCCGACGAAGCAGCUUCUUACCCUUUGGACUUAGAGAAUCUGAAAAUGGAUUUGGAUUGGGAUGAUGUAUCAUGUUCGAUCUGUUUGAACUUCCCUCACAAUGGUGUGCUACUUCAUUGCUCCUCGUACGAGAAGGGUUGCCGUCCAUUCAUUUGCGAUACUGAUCAAAAUCACUCUAACUGUCUCGAACGGUUCAAGAAUGCAUAUAGAAUUCCUUCAGCUAUAAAAGAUUCUUCCACAGAUGGGGUCACUAUUAUCUGCUUUCAAGGGGUAUCAGCAAGUACCGGCAACCAACCAACCUGCCCACUGUGCAGGGGUGCUGUAACUGGGUGGCUCAUCAUCGACAAGGCCCGGGUCUCCUUAAACAUGAAGGAACGAUGUUGUGAAGAGAAACAUUGUGCAUAUACUGGCAACUUUUUUGAGCUCCAAAAGCAUGCUAAAGUAAGACACCCAUAUUCAUGCCCUUCUAAAAUCGAUCCUGCACGAAAAUUGGACUGGGAAAAUUUCCAGCAGUCAUCAGAGAUCAUAGAUGUCUUGAGCACUAUACAUGCAGAAGCACCACACGCAGUCGUAUUGGGGGACUAUGUCAUCGAAUAUGGAGAUUCAGAAGCUGGUGAUGAGUAUAUAGGUGUUAGGAGGAACAGAGGCCGUUGGUGGAGCUCUCUCUUAUCUUGUAGAUUGAUUCCAAGAUUUGGGUGUUUAAGAACUCGGCGGAGAUCCUCCCAUGGUGAUGAUCGGAGCAGACAUGGGUCUAUCGCCGAUGUUUCAUACAUAGGAGAAGCAUUUUCAUCCCUCGACGUAAGAGAGUACAGAUUUGCGGAAACUGAUGAUGGAGUUGUCCAAACAGGUGUCCGUACUGCUCCGUCUUUGGUGAUUCCUGGCCACUACAGGUGGGAGUUUUCGUGUCGAUUCAUAUUUAAUUUCAACAUCUUUAUUACUGGUAAUCUUCUAUCCUAUAGGAUCAUUCAGCUGGAGAAUUGAUGAAAGAAGAUUUAGCAUGCAAUGACUUAGCAACUUAAGGAACAAAUACAUAGAGUGAUACAAAGAGUUAUCUUUAUUGAGUAUAAUGAUGAGUAAAGUGGUAGUUGUAAUGCUAGUUGAACACAUUUCUUGCUACCGUAAAUGCCUUGUAUGAUUCAUCCUUCUGAUAUCUUUUAUCUUUUCGACACUUACAGAUAUGGACCACGUGAGAUACACCAGUUGCAAUACGAUCGAUGACCAGCAGAAUGUGCAGAAGCUAGUCGGUACUCUUAGAGUGCACUUUUUGGCGAUCGAAUCAAUGUCGAUGAAGAAUGUGCAGAAUCUAGUUGCUCCUCUUAGGUUGAUCUUGUUGGUUUGUUAGAUUUAGAUUCAAUUCUGGUCGGUAUAGAUUUUACUUUGUCUACAUUUCUCCCUGUACAUAAUGCUCUGGCUUAAAACAUGUGAAAGUCCUUAAAUAAAUGUGAAGGAUGAAUCGAUUCAAGUCCUCUUGUUCUUAU